AUGGAGAAGAGAACAAUUCUAGAACUUCUUUUAAAGAAAUCACUACAGAAGAAAAAAAUACCACUAAUUAAUUACAAGAAAAGCUUGUUUGUUCAGACAAAAGCAAACCUUUCUUACUAUGAACAUGACAAAGAAAUACAAUAUGUUGAAACAAUGAAUCUUGAGGAAGUACCACCUCCUGCAGCACAAUAUCCUUUUCAGGUUAGCCAUGAAAUCUGUUCCAUUUACAUUUCAUAUGUGACUCUGCGUUGUACAACCGAGUCUCUAAAACCACUACCUCCAGUCCCUCAAAUGCUCUGGAAGCAUAGAAGCGUGCCUCAAGUGCCAUCACCAGACAUCAUCCUGAAUAUGGCUGUGGCCCAGUGCAACUAUGAACUCAGAGGAAAUUCAGCUAUCCACCUUGUCAGAAGCAGUAAAUGCUAUGGAUUGCAAGAGGAAGAUUCUGACUCAUGGAAUGCAAGGGAUUUGGAAAGGCAAGUGUGCCCUGCAAAAUACUUUUGUUUCAUGACCAUGGUCUUCCACAUACUUCAUCUUCACAGACAACACUGCAGGCAGUCCCAGUACCUUUCAGGAUCUAUGUUAGAAUUACAUUAUAAGCAAUUACUCUUUAAUGUCCUAAAGCCACAUAUGCAGGACAAGUCCCAAGUCUACCCUCUGGCUUUUAAAAGCAGUUUUGAAAAUACUUACAAUGACUGGCAUUUUUUAUGUGCCUGCUGUGCCUUUUUCAGAAAUCAGCUUGUGAAUAAUAAGCCCAAUAUUCCUCCUUGCGGUCUGUAUGCUGGUAAUAUCUCCUGUGCCCAGUCUGAGCAGGUGCUCCAUCAGAAGGACAAAGAAGGCACUUUAAUGGUUUGGAAAUCUAGCCAGGCAAUCAUGUAUACUGUGUCUGCAUACAGCAAGUUUUCUGAAGUAAAAAAGGGAACGGUCAAAUACUACCAUGUGCAUAAAACUCCUGAGAACAAGUAUUACCUCGCUAAAAAUUACUUUGAAUCAAUACUCAAGCUUAUACACUACCAUCAGCACAACUCAGACGGCAAUCCCAUAUGCUCUGAUUCAACACUGGAUGCCAGCAGCCUGGAGAAGCUGCUCCAGCACCAGGCUCAGGUCAGGGUCACAACCUCUCACACACAGCCAGGGCCUGAUGCAGCUCACCAGGGGCCUGGUCUGCUGCGGGGCUGCUUGGUGAACACAGCGCAUUUCUUGCAGGCUAGUGCCAAGCAGGAGCCACCUCCCAUCACCACCGGAAAUCGAGAUGGAUGUGGCCACGUCGAUGCCAUUGAUCAGUCUUUGAGUGCAACCAUCCAGACAAUUCCUUAUCAAGUCAGUUACAACCAAGUUUGGCUCUUGCCUCGUAGGUAUGUUCUGGAUGACCAGUAUGUAAGUUCACUAGGAACCAAGUUUCCAGUAAAGUGGUCAGCACCAGAAGAUUUUCCUUACACCAAAUUUAGCAGAAAGUCAGAUGUAUGGGCCUUUGGUAUCUUAAUGUGGGAGGUCACUUUGGGAAAGCAUCCCUACAAGGUUUAUGAUAACAUGAAGGUGAUCAAGAAAGUUUUUCAGGGAUAACUUUAUAGACUACAACUGGUUCCAGACAUCAUCUACCAGAUAAUGUACAACUGCUGGCAUGCGCUACCAGAAAAGCACCCUGCCUUUUAUCAGCUCUUAUCUUUUUUUGAGGCACUGAGAGAAGACAACAGAGCUUGGAGAAGACUCUGCAUACUGGUUCCAUAUCACCUGUCUUCUGUAUGAGAGCCAAGUCUGAAAUCUGCCUGACAUUAGCUAUCCCUGUUAUUCUGUAUGUUAGCGUUCUUCUCAUUUAAUCAUCAUACUGAGGAAAGAAGCAUAUGGAGAAAGCUUUUGUGACGCUCUGUAGGUGACAGAAUUUGCAAGGAUACUGAGGUAGAAUAUAAUUCAUUUUGUUAACAUUGUCUCAAAAGACUUCUCAGACACUGAGAUAUAUAUUCCAUUUGUGUACACUCCUUCAGUGCUUCAAGCAGGCAUUAUUUGACCUUAACUGGAAAUGUAAACAAGGAAAUAUAUGCUUGUUAGGUUUUCUGAUUAUCAUAACUCACCUGAAUGUGUUUUUUUCUCUGUAAUCACUUGAAACUGAUGCCUGAAGUAAGUCAAAUUUAGAGCUGCUGCAAGUGACAGAAACACAGAUAGUUAUAGCCUUGCUUUCAAUUACUAAGAAAUGACUACUGGUAAAAUAUUAUAUGUUUGCUUUACAAGCACUACUGACUUAAGUUUCAGUCCUCAAGGUGUACAUUUGAUUUCAAAUUUAUUCUAAGCUACAUAUCGAAGAUAUCUGCAACUUAGCAAUAUAUGAGGUAUUUACUAGAGUGUUAUUGCUCCCUGCUAGAGGUAAAAAUAGAGGAAAAAAAAGUUUUAUACAGAAUUCCUUAGUCAUUGCAAUAGCAAAUGGUAAAUUUGCUGAUCUCUCUAAAACCUGAAGAGAACUAAAAAUGCUAUUAAGAUAAUUACUUUGCCAAAUACUUUACUACUGAGGAGGUGAAAUUUGGCUCCUGACUUUAACACUUAAAUAAGAGCACUCGACUUUCAAAUGUGCACAGCACUGCACAAA